AAGUGGACCAAAGUGCGGGGAAUCGAAUUUUAGCGCCAGAAAUUAAAUAAUCCCGUUCCGUUCCGUUCCGUGAUUGUGCCAAAUGUUGCCGUGAUAAUGCGAGCAGAGAAUGAAUCGGUAAAGUCCAGCAACUCAGUGGCCAUGGCAUCACAUUCCAAGCAUCGAGGCAUCGCGGCGAAAUUCAGCGGCGUGAAACAGAUUCCUACCACGGAUUUGGAAAAGCGGCUCAGCAUAGCUGGAAGCAGUUCGAAAACGAAGCUAAAGAAGCAGGAGCCAGCCAAAGAUGCGAAAAACCUGCAGAAACGACUGCGCGCCCUGGGGAGUCAAUGUCCGGUGUUGCAGGAUACUAAAGUAAAGGUUCCCACCAAGGAACCAUCUUCCGUUGCACCGCAAACGGCACCUGCAGCUACGGACUCGAACCUAGAUGAAGAUACGGAAAUGCUCGAUCUGAGCGAAACAGUACCACAGCCUGCCAGCACAGAAAUUAUGCCUCCUCUGGGCCACACAAUGGGAAUCACCGCGGAAUGGGGAUUCUGCCAGCCGCCUCCGGAUGUUUCUCCGAUGAUGGCACCUGUUACUCCUACUGUUGCUGCUGCUGCUCUUCUUGCCGUUGAAAUCGAACCAAAGCUGACCACUAAAUAUAGGGAGAAAGCAUCUGCCUUUACUAGCUGCAUGUUUGUCGUUCUGGAUACCUGCGUGUAUCUGAAGCAUAUCGAGAGUAUUAUAAGCGUACACGGACAGUCGGUGCCAGAGGUAAAACCUCAACCCAUUCUUGUGAUUCCGUACAAGGUACUGCAAGAGCUAGAGCACGUUCCGCAAAGAAAACCAUGGCUCGCAUCGGUGGCCGAGAAGGCGAAUCAAUUUUUCAGCAAGAAACUGCUCAAACGUGACAAGCGCAUCAUCGGUCAACGACCAACGGAUACAACGGUGAAGCUGAUCGACACCAUCUCAUCAGAUGAUUCCAUUAUCAACUGUGCGCUACAGGUGCAACGUGUAACUGCCGCGCAGGUUGUGAUCGUAUCGGAAGACUAUAAUCUACGCUCCCGAGCCAUCGCUGCCGGUUUCAAAACGUACGAUUGGGACAGUUACUGUCGGGUGCAUGGCACUUUCUGAUACAACAGCGGGGCGUUAGUCGCCCACCGCAACGUUCGAAUCCAUCGAAUGGAAAUGCGUUUUUUCUUAUGACGACUUAUGACCGCGCACCACAGUUACCGGGUUGUUGUGCCAUGUUAACGCAGAGCAGUAUCGCUUGAAUAUUGAAUGUACAAGCUGGAAGCACGAAGCUAGUUAAUGUUGUACUUUACAAAAUGAUGAUUUAUGUGAGAGGAAAAGAUUAACGCAAUUAAAUACAGCAAUCAUUUUUUUUUU